UUGUUGCAUGCCUCCGCGGCGGCGCUGCCCAGCCGGCAGCUGCCCGCUGUGACUCCCCCUUCCUGGCAGGCGGGCGCCGGGGAGACUGUACCCCAGGCCACGCACUCGUGGGAUCCAGCGCACGACCCGAGGCUGCGUGCGAGGCUAGAAGCCGGGAGAAUGGACGGGUCCGGAGAGCGCAGCCUCCCCGAGCUGGGCAGCCGGGGCUACGGAGCCGGCGAGGACAUUGAGAUCGUGGUGAAUGUGGGGGGCGUGCGGCAGGUGCUGUACGGAGACCUCCUCAGCCAGUACCCAGAGACCAGGCUGGCGGAGUUAAUCAACUGCCUGGCCGGGGGCUACGACACCAUCUUUUCCCUGUGCGACGACUACGACCCCGGGAAACGGGAGUUCUACUUUGACCGAGACCCUGACGCGUUCAAGUGUGUCAUCGAGGUGUACUAUUUUGGGGAGGUCCACAUGAAAAAGGGCAUCUGCCCCAUUUGCUUCAAGAACGAGAUGGACUUCUGGAAGGUGGACCUCAAGUUCCUGGACGACUGUUGUAAAAGCCACCUGAGCGAGAAGCGCGAGGAGCUGGAGGAGAUCGCGCGCCGCGUGCAGCUCAUCCUGGACGACCUGGGCGGGGACUCGGCCGAGAACCGCUGGCAGCGCUGCCAGAAGUUUAUCUGGAAGUUCCUGGAGAAGCCCGAGUCUUCGUGCCCGGCAAGGGUGGUGGCCGUACUGUCCUUCCUGCUCAUCCUUGUCUCGUCAGUGGUCAUGUGCAUGGGCACCAUUCCCGAGCUGCAGGUGCUGGAUGCCGACGGCAACCGCGUGGAGCACCCGACGCUGGAGAACGUCGAGACGGCUUGCAUCGGCUGGUUCACGCUGGAGUACCUGCUGCGCCUCUUCUCCUCGCCCAACAAGCUGCAUUUCGCCCUGUCCUUCAUGAACAUUGUGGACGUGCUGGCCAUCCUGCCCUUCUACGUGAGCCUCACCCUGACGCACCUGGGCGCGCGCAUGAUGGAGCUGACCAACGUGCAGCAGGCAGUGCAGGCCCUGCGGAUCAUGCGCAUCGCCCGAAUCUUCAAACUGGCCCGCCACUCCUCAGGUCUGCAGACCCUCACCUAUGCCCUCAAGCGCAGCUUCAAGGAACUGGGGCUGCUGCUCAUGUACCUGGCAGUGGGCAUCUUUGUCUUCUCCGCCCUGGGCUACACCAUGGAGCAGAGCCACCCGGAGACCUUAUUUAAGAGCAUCCCCCAGUCCUUCUGGUGGGCCAUUAUCACCAUGACGACAGUUGGAUAUGGUGACAUCUACCCCAAGACCACACUGGGCAAGCUCAACGCAGCCAUCAGCUUCCUGUGCGGGGUCAUUGCCAUUGCCCUGCCCAUCCAUCCCAUUAUCAACAACUUCGUCAGAUACUACAACAAGCAGCGGGUCCUGGAGACAGCAGCCAAGCACGAGCUGGAGCUGAUGGAGCUCAACUCCAACAGCGGAGGGGAAGGAAAAACUGGGGGCUCCCGGAGUGACCUGGACAACCUCCCACCAGAACCUGCAGGGAAAGAGGGGCCUAGGUGGAACAGCCGGCUGAAGAUUUCCCACAGUGACACCUUCAUCCCCCUCCUGACAGAGGAGAAGCACCACAGGACCCGGCUCCAGAGCUGCAAGUGAUGAGGGGCUUUCCAGACAGAAAAGGACUGGGCCCUUGGGCGGAUGGACGUGGCAGCCACUGCCUGAGAGUAGCUGUCCUUUGUCCCCCCUUCCCUUUCCUGAACAGAAUUCCGAAGGCCCUCUUGGGCACCUCUGAAAAGGCUGGGUAAGACUCCUUUGUGUUGCUGACUCUCCAGGAGCCUUGUGGAGGGAGAAGCACCGUGGGGUAGGGGCUGAGUGGAGGCCCUGGCCUGGCUGGCGAAGGGAGCCCAUGCCUGGUUCUGUAUCUCCUUCAAUAAAGCCUCCUGCUCUGUGUACCCGAGCUGAGUAGUAGGUUCUGUCACAGGCUGGCUGUCGCCCCCAAGACGUGGCUCAGACAUGCCCCAGUGCCAGGCCAGGAGGUAGGUGUGCAGGGGAGGGGGAAGGUAUUUUUAGCUGGGAACUAAUUAAAGAGGGCUUAUAUGCAGGGUUCAGUGCCAAAGAGCUUUGCCACAUUCCAAGAGCUCAGUGCUGGUGAUGAUCUUUUCCUUUGGUUUCCUUUUGGGGAAAAGCUUGCUCCGUGAGUGCUUCUAGGAGGGGCACGACUUCACAGAGCAGGGAUCACAGAACAGCACCGUUACCAUUUCUUCCUCACCCUGUGGAGCCCUUUCACACAUUCUCUGUUCCUCCCAGCAACCCUGCUGGAUAGAUGUCUCCAUUUUACAGACAAGAAAACUGAGGCCCGAGGUCACACACAGCAGGCAUGAUCCCAUGUCUGAUGAUUCCAAAGCCCAUGAAUUGCCUCUGAUACCAGGUGACCUUGGGACAGAGGUAUUUGCUUGGGCCCAUGAGGGGAGGGUCCGCACACCAGGAGAGGGGCUGAGCUCAAUGUGGCGAUGCCUGUCCUCCAGCUCUUCCUUCUAGCAUGAAUAUCUUUCAUGUAUCAGCUACAUGGACCAGAAUUCUGGGCAGAGCCCCAGACAGCCUAUUGCUGGAGCCCCAGGGGAAUGGAGUCAGAUAGGCCUGGGUUUGAAGCCCGGGGAAUGAGGAGGAGAUCUCUGAGAUGGAUUCUAGUUUCAACUCUUUUCUGUAGCACCCUCUUGCCCCCUCCCCCCAACUAGCUUAUUUGCCGAGUGUUGAUUAACCUCUGUGAUCCUUAUUCUAAUUAUUUAGUGGAGUCCUUGGAUGCUGCUAAUGGUUAAGCACUCAGCUCCUAACCUAAAGUUGGGGGUUCAAACUCAACCAGAGGUGUCUUGGAAGAAAGGCCUGGCUGUCUGCUUCCAAAAGGUCAUGCCAUGAAAACCCAAUUUAUUAAAUGGGGAUGUAAUAAUUACCUCAGAGAAUCAUGGUGCUGAGCACAGGGCUUGACACAUAGUUGCACAAUGAAUGGUAGCUAUUUCUAUUACUCUGUGCUGGGAGGGAGUAAGUUGCCCAGUUGCCCACUCUGGCCUUCACAGGUCUAGGCUGGACAUGCAGAUGGAGGAGGGAUAAGGCGUAGAGCAUUCUACAGUCUUCCCAGACAAAGGCAGGCCAACUUGGCACAGAGCUGCUCUCUGGCUUUCCAACUUUCUCUCACCCAGAGCUCUGUCCUUCCGUCCUCUGCUACUGCACCUAGCGGGGGGAAGGAUACCUGUGGGGGUUGGGGGUCUAGGUGGGCUAGGUGUGUGGUCCUUGGUCUACCACCACCCUAGGCAGACCCUUCCCUUUUUCUGGGCCUUGGUUUUCCCAUCUGUUUAAAGAGGGGUAAUUUCUUGGACCACUUCCAGUUCUGAUGUUCUGGGAUUUCAAAGUCUUGGGCUGCACUAUGGGUUGUGGGGACUCCAAGGGGCUGUGAGGCUGCCAUGUGUAGCAGAUCUUGGAGGGGAGAGUCAGAGCCAUCCCUUUGGGGUACAGGACCCUGAGCCAAUGCUCUGUCCCCCUCUCUCACAAGUGUCUCCAGGAAAACACUAGGUCCAUUGACCAUGAUAGGCAGAGGAAUGGGGGAGGGGGCUGGGGGUAGGCAGGUGAGCUGCUGUAGGAGGGAGGAGGAGCUGCCCCUCUCAGGGUCACCUUGGGGUCUGGAAAGAGGAGAUGGUUGUGUAUGGCCGUGGUCUGUGCACUCCUUGGGCUCAGUGGGGCUUGUUGAAUGGGGCGUUGCUCCCUCUUUUUGUCCUGUGUCCCCAGAGUCCUUGGAAACCCCUGGAGCCUUGCUGGCAGAGGGCCCCAAGGAGACAGGAGGAGGAGGAAGCUGAGGUAUUGUGGAGAGAGAGGCCAGGCUAGCUCUGAAUGGGGAGGUCACCUUCCCUGCCUUUCACCUGGGAUGAGGGGAGGGAGGUCAGAGAGAAGUGUGUGCUCAGAGCUCAUGUAUUCCACCCUAGGGCGGAGAAUGAGUCCCAGAGAGGGUCAACGAUUUGUCUGAGAUCCUUUGUAAAUUGGGAUUAGACAUGGUCCUUGUCCCUGAGGGGUUCAGAGUGUGACCAAUAAUCCUUAUAUGGUGACAUGCUUGGUCGUGGAGGAGUGACCAGGGGGCUUCUGGAGCCAGGAGGAGGGGCAGCCCUCUUUCCCUGGGGAAUCUUUCUAGGUACUGGUUCUCAAACUUUGCUGCACACUAGACCCACCUGGAGCCCUGGUGGCACAGUGGUUAAGAGCUUGGCAGCUAACCAAAAGGUCAGCAGUUUGAAUUAACCAGCUGUUCCUUGGGAACCUUAUGGGCUUUUCUACUCUGUGCAAUAGGGUAGCUAUGAGUCGGAAUUGACUUGACAGCAAUGGGUUUGGUUUUUGGUUUUAGAACCACUUGGAGGUCUUCAAGAAACCCUGCUGUCCAAGCUGCAUAUCAAUUAUGUGAGAAUUCCUGAGAGUGACGCUCAGGCACCAGUAUAUAUAUAUUUUUUAACUUUAAAGUUUAUGAGUCAUCUGGAGAUCUUGUUAAAAUGCAGGGUUUGAAUUAGUAGGGACCCUGAGAUUCUGCAUUUCUCACAAGCUCCUGGAUGAGGCCGAUCCUGCUGGUCUGAGGACCACACUUUGAGGAGCAAGAGGCUAAAUCAGAGUUUAGCCAACUCCGUUUUUAGCCUGUGGGACACCAGGUGGACAGACAGGUUGGCUGCCCCCUGGGCACAGUUGAUGAGUGAAGAAUGAUUUUUAAAUUUUUAAACCGUUGAAAAAAAAAUUCAAAGGAAGAAUCAUAUUUCGUUGGCAUGUGAAAAAUAUAUGAAAUUCAAAUUUCAGUGUCCGCAAACAAAGACUUCCUGGAACACAGCCGCGCUCAAUUUGUUUACGUCUUGUCUUGUCUGUGGUUGCUUUCGUACCACAAUGGCCGACUUGAGUACUUGCAACAGAGAUCAUAUGGCCCUCAGAGCCUCAAAUAUUUACUGUCUGGCCCUUUACAGAAAAAGUUGGCCAACUCUGGGAUAUAGGAAAUGAUCAUUUAAGUUAGGUCUUGAAGAUUGAGUGGAACUGACCCGGACGAGGAAACAGAAAGAACAUUCAAAGCAGCAGGGACUGGGUAAGCAAAGAUGCAGGCGUGUGGGGCCGUCUUCAGAGAGGGGGAGGUCUGCUCUUACGCCACAGGGCAAUUGCAGGGAUAACAGCAAAGAGGCUCCCAGUGUCCCAUGGGGUCACAGCUCCCCUUCUUUCUUUCCUGCGGAGAACCCCCAACUCCUGGUUCCUACAUCAGCUUCCUACCGUCCCCAGCUCCUGCUUUGGAAACUCACUUUUGCCCAUCCUUUCCUGACCCCUCUCAUCUGCAGUCAUAUCAAAGCUCCCCCAUCCCAGGUGCCAUUCCCUCACAUCUUCUCCUGCUUGGGCGAAUUUGAUCUGCUCCGGUAAAGAUUAAAAAAAAAAAAUUUUUUUUACAGCCUAGAAAACCCUAUGGGGCAGUUCUACUCUGUCACACGGGAUCGCUAAGAGUCGAAAAUCAAUUCGACAGCACUUAACAACAACCAAAGGUGGAAUUUCAGACAGAUGACAGGCGUAUGGGGAAUGCUUUUGAAGCAGGGGGCCCUUUCUCACCCCCGACCUGGCUGUGAAGGGCUGCCUGCACCUCCUCAGCCCCAGCCAGACCCAGCCCGCCACCCAUCCCCAGAAGGGAUAAUGGAAUGUCUCCCUGAGUCCCCCUCCUGUCAUCUCCCAGGGAAAAGAAGGACGGGGAGUGGUUCCAGGAGGCCUCCCACUUGUUCCCCUGGAAGAAGACAGCUCUGUGAGACGUGCUUAUUUGAAAGCAUUUUACCAACUGACUUGAAAGGGGGCUUCACCAAUACCCAUCACUUGAGGUGGAGGCUCCCCCUGAGUGCUUAUCUCCAUUCAUAGCAGCCUAAGACAUAGCUUCAGGGAUGAUGUGGGUUUCCGAAAGGAAAAAAACAAAACAAGAAUCAGAAAGCUCUAUGCUUAGUCAUUUUUCUGUUUUUAAGCUACCAGCUAGCC